UGGAUAUCCGCGCGUCUCGCGCGUCUCGCGGCGACGCAGCGCUGCCAGUCUUGGAGCCGGUCGUGGGGCAGCCGGAAGCCAGCCCAGUGGAGGAACUACCCGCGCCGGUGUUGGGAGUGGUCGUGGGCGAGGGAAUGGAGGCCGCGCCGCGGGGUCAGGAAAUGGAGCGCGCCAACGAGGGAACGGCACGCGGCUCAAUCGAGUCCCUCGGGCGCUGGAACGAGAAGGACGACGACCCCGCGAUGCCCAUCAAGAUGCGGGGAGACGUGCGCGUCGCCCUCGUAAAGCUCGUCGACGAGCUCGUGCAGAACGGCGCGUCGAGUGGCAUUCUUGCAAUCAGGGGCUGGUACAUUUCCUGGUCCGCCAGCCCGGACGACACGAGCUACCAGCGGCACGGAGUAUACGAAUCGCGCGAGCCUGCCGGCGAGGCAGGCGCAACGGAGGCGGACGAUGAGGUGGCGAGGCUGAAAAAAGCCCUCGCGGCGGCGGAGGCGCUGAAGAGGGCGGCGGAAGAGGCGAAGAGGAGAGCCGAGAACGCAACCCGCUUCGCCGACUUCGAGGGCGUCACGCUGCCGAGCGGAGGCGAGUGCGAGUGGCGAGUAGAUGGCGAUUACGUGUACCGAUUUGGAGGCUUUAUGUCGGUCUACCGCGUCACGCUGCCGAGCGGAGGCCUCGACCCGGACAAGUGGGCCGGCCGCCCGCCGCCGCUCGCGCCGGCGGACCUCUACACCGGCCCGCGGAGCGACCGCCUGCUGAGCACGGGCGAGAUCUCGGGCGAGUACUCGGCCCCGUGUGAGGGUAGGGAAUGCUGCAAGUGUGAUAAUUGCGAGAUUUGCAGGUUGAUGACCGUGGUCCCGCUCGGGGCCGACGUGAUCGAGACGUGGAGUACGAGCUGUUUAUUUUGUAAAUGCCCGCCCGGGGAACCGGUGUAUUUUCUCGGGCCGAUAGUAGCAGGCGAGGUCCGGACGCGCGACCCGGGCACCAAUGCCUUCGGUGGCAUGACUUUCUCGGCCCGCGGAACGGCCAGCGGUGGCUACAAAAAACGCCCAGGCUCGCAGAAGCGGACCUUCCAAAAGGUCGAGACGAGGGACCUCGCGGGCACCUGGUGCGGCUGCCUUUGCAUUCCGAAGUGCAAUUGGGUGUUUACUACGUUCUUAUUCUGCACUAGGAAGAAGGCGCUCGACGAGGACCGGUACGAGGAGUCGGGACUCGGUUGUGCUCUGGGUUUGCCGAUCCCCAUUUCCGGAACACGCACGCGGGUAUACGUGAACGGCCUCCCGACGAAUAGGUUCGACGGCGGCUACGAUUGUUGUGGUAAAUACAUCAUCCACCGGUAUCGCGACCCCGGCUGCGCCGGCGGCGCCGAUUUCAGCCGGGGUCAUCCACCCGCCGGCAGCUCUUCAUUCUUCGCGAAGAAGCUCUGCUAGCCCACCCCGUCUAUAUAUGUCCUUUCCUUUAGGAUAUUCCUCAGGCUUCCUUAACUUGAAUUAUUUAU